AUGCCAGGCGCUGCUGGAGCAGUCGGAGUACUCCAGGAGCUGCGGGAGUGCUCCAGGAGCAGUCAGGAGUGCUCCAGGAGCAGUCAUAGUGUAUUCAGGGAAAGUCAGGAGAUACGAACGCCCAACUGGCGCUCUCAGGCGAGGGGACUAGCGUCGGGGGUACGCCGGGGCGGAAAGAUGCGCACCAGACUGCGCCAGGAGCAUGACCGUAUCUCUGGAGAGGUAGUUUACCUACCGAACGCCCUGAGCGCCCUGAGCGCCUCGGGCAUCUGUCGAAGGCUGCAGCUUUCGGACAAUCUCAACACCUUCAACCACUUCUCCAAGAGAUGCUUCUCCGCCCAAGCUUCCUUCGCAAUCAUACGAGGGUUCACCUUAGUGGGCAAGGUCCUCAAACCACUCAACUACCGAAGACUAGCAGUCAUGGCAAUACUCAUAAUGCUCACCUAUGGCGCAUCAGUCUUCGUACCUACGGUGACGAACUGCUUCAGGUCUACACCACUCGCAGUACUACAGGCAGAGGCAUCCUUCGCACCUCUCGCUUUAUACAUCCUAUCCCUCCUCUUACAAUACGCCGCCCGAAUUCAAGCAGCAUCAUCGGCCUAUAAUCCCGUCACUGCACGCAUUCCGGUAACCUUCUACACAUUCUCCAACUACAGAGAACCCUCCCACCGACAUCUCCUGCACAUAAAACCCAACCCACCUGUCAAUUGGAAUUCCAACUGA